CACCUAAAAGCACAUAUUUUUGGCCUUGCGCCGUCGAGUCGCAUGCACUGUCGUCCGUUUUGGCGCAUUAAAUGCCGCCCUACAUGUUUGCGAACAGGGCCUUUUGUUUCAGCAGCUGCAAUGCUUGGUGUCGGGUUUUGCGCUGCAGAGGAAUUGUUGCGUGCGCUAAAAUGCGCAACCAGCGAAGAAAUGCCGCGGAUUUCUGCACCACGCGAAACCCGAGGAGAGCGUGUUCGGAUGGGAUUUUAUUCCAAGAGCAGCCUCAGAUUGGUAAUCCCUAUUUGGAGGAUGCUCUUCUUCGGGGGUACUUGAAAUCCCAUCUUCCUGCCCAGGUGUUCGCCGAGGUGAACCCAGACCUCGAAAGGUUCGGGGCCCUUGUCAAGGACGAAAUCGACCCUUUGGGACGCGAGUGCGAAUCUCAGCCGCCGUGGUUGCUUCAGUUCGACGCGUGGGGACGCCGCGUUGAUGAAAUCGUCACCUGCGCGGCCUGGAAAAGGAUGAAGGAGAUCAGCGCCGAGGAAGGCCUAGUCGCGGAGGCUUACGAAAGGAAACACUCCAAUUGGAGCCGCAUCCACCAGAUGGCAAAGGUGUACCUCUUCACGCCUGCGUCUGGCUUCUUUUCAUGCCCCGUCGCCAUGACGGAUGGUGCGGCGAAAGUGAUCGAGUCUUUAGGUAUUCCGAAAUACUUGGAGGAAGCUUACGCGCGGUUAACAUCGCGUGACGCGGGAAGGUUCUGGACAUCUGGACAAUGGAUGACCGAACGCAAAGGCGGGUCUGACGUCGCCGGUGGCACGGAGACGGUUGCGCAAGAGCUCCCUGACGGCACCUACGCCCUGCGCGGUUUCAAGUGGUUCACGUCGGCCGCGGAUUCGGACGUGACGCUGACCCUGGCGAGGAUCGCGGCAGCCAACGGUCAAGUAGAAGAGGGCACCCGCGGCCUCUCCUUGUUCUACGUAAAACUGCGCGACGAGGAAGGGAACCUCAAUGGCAUCCAGAUCCAGCGCCUGAAGGAAAAGCUGGGCACCAGGCAGCUGCCCACCGCCGAGCUGUAUCUGGAUGGAGCCACGGCGCAGCGGAUUUCCAAAGAAGGCCGUGGGGUGGCUGCCAUUGCUGCCAUGCUGACAGUCACCAGGGUCCAUAAUGCCGUCACUGCCGUCGCGGGAAUGAGAAGGGCGAUCCUUUUGGCGCGGGACUACGCCGUGAAGAGGGAAGCCUUCGGGAAGUGCCUGGCGGAGCACCCUUUGCACAUGCGGACCUUGGCGCGCAUGGAGGUAGAAGCACGAGGGGCCUUUUUGCUGACAAUGGAGACAGCGAGGAUUCUGGGAAUGCAGGAGACCCAGAAGGCCACGGAGGAGGACCGGCUCAUGCUCCGGCUGCUGACCCCCGUGGUCAAGCUCUACACAGCCAAACAGGCCGUUGCCAUUGCCUCCGAAGCUUUGGAGUGUUUCGGAGGACAAGGAUUCAUGGAGGACACGGGGCUGGCCAUAUUGCUCCGCGACGCUCAGGUACUCCCGAUUUGGGAGGGAACCACAAAUGUCCUCUCACUGGAUGUCCUCCGGUCCCUCGCCAAAAGCCGCGGGAAAGCACUGGACGCCUUUUUCGCCGCCGCGCAGGCCAAGAUGGAGCCGGCGCUCGGUGUCACGGAACUGGAGCCGUCUGCGCAAAUGGUCCAUGAAGCUCUGCGCAAGCUCCGAAAUUUUGCCCGUGAAAUGGCGCUAAAAGGCGAAUUCACGGCGCAGAUGGCGGCAAGGGAUUUCGCCUUCACGCUAGCGAGGAUCUAUGGAGGAGUCCUAUUAUUGGAGCACGCUGCGCAUUGCGACGCAACGACUGUGGACGCCUACGCCGCCCAGAGAUGGUGCCGCCAAGACCUCUGCCCCAUUGAUGCGGCAAAUGAAGGCGGCUCUUACGCGAUGAAUGCAGUUUCUCGGGACGCGGAUUUGGUUUUUGACGGAUGGCCGGAUCCUCGUUAAGUGGGACGAAAAAAAAGCACAACAACAACAACAAUGGAAAUAGUAAAUAUAAUUUAUACUAGUACCUAAUAAAUGUGCUUUUCUAAUU